AUGAGCAUGCCAAUUACCAAACCAAAAUCUAAAACGACCACCAGUCGCAUUUCAUUUCCUCAGAGAGUCUACAACGUGCUGAACCUCUGUGACGAUACUCAUCAGGAACAUAUCGCAUCGUGGAUGAAUGAUGGGACGGCGUUCAAAGUUCACGAUAUCGCACAGUUUGAACGUGAAUUGCUUCCAAAGUACUUCAACACUCAAAAAUACGCUAGCUUUACUCGAGCGUUGUGUUCCUAUGGAUUUGAUUGUAUCAGAACCGGAAGACAAACCGGCAUUUACUCCCACCCUAAAUUCAAUCGCAACGACCCUGAGGCUCCGUCUAUGAUCAAGCGAGUAAAGAAAACGAACAACAAUGCGAAGGCUUCAUUGACCAAGCUAUCAACUGGAUGUCAUGGCUUUUCAUUGGGAGAUAGAAAGCGAUCAUUUGCAUUUCCGUCCCUUAUGAAUACUACGCAGUCGCUCAUGAAUGAAGAUGCUGAUGCAUCAGUUUUUGGUCAUCUAUAUCAAACGAUUCGGUCUCAAAUUGCCGAUCGAACACCUUUGUCACAUUUGGUCAGCUCAGACGAAAGUGGCGACGAGAGCGCUGGUGAACAAUCACCAUACAAUCCCUUGUCUUCGUCUUGCAACCCGAUUGUUCGUUCUGACUCCUACCAUAUCGCUGCAGAAGAUUACGAUGUGAUAACAUGUGACGAACAAAACCAGGGCGAGCAAUACGCCCAGGAGAUCGCUGAUUCAAUCCUCGAUGAUGAUUUUGCAACGUUUCCCGUAUCACCUAGUGAAGGUUAUGCUUCAGAAGAUGAUGAUUUUGAGCCGCUGCCCUGGUCUCCGGGCGCUUCAUCGCAAAAUUGCGGCCGACUUGAUAAUUCAGAAGACCAGGCAUUCCUGCUGUCAUGGAGCCAUGAAGUAUUGAUGAGCUGA